GUGAAUUCAUAAAUCAACAUGGUAUCGGAGCUCCAAGAUCCUUUUUUCUCUCCUUUCUUGCUGCGUUAAUCAUCAAAAAAAAAAUCGGCAGAGCCGAGCUCUCCUACCAAGCCGUGCACAGCCAUGGCGUCUGUCUCUUCUGAUCCUAUGGAUCGUCUCCCUACGGGUCUCAAGUUGUUUGUCCGGAAUCUCCAAUCUCUAACCCCGGUCAAGCUUGAUGACACCAAUUAUCCCUCUUGGCCAGCCACCGUCCGUGCAAAUCUCCUCGCUCAUCGUCUUCUCGGCUAUGUGGAUGGAUCUGAACCGUCUCCUCCGUCUCAUAUUCUUGAUGAGAAGGCUGCGUCACCGAGAAAGGAUGAACCGCCGGUUAUGAAACCAAAUCCGGCCUAUGAAUCCUGGCGUAUUAUUGACACUCAAAUUCGGGCAUGUCUCCUUGCUAUUGUCUCACCUACGGUUCAGACACAUAUUCAUGCUCUUCCCACCUCGCUUGCAAUUUGGAAUCAUCUAGAACAACGGUACAACUCUCUUUCACGAACUCAUAUAUUUCAGAUGAAGGAGCGUCUCCAUGGUGUUACUAAGGAGACCGAUUCGAUGCAAUCCUAUUUGGACACGGUUCUCACUAUUGUGUCGUCUCUCAAACUGGCUCAUGAAGAAAUCUCUGAACAAGAUAUUAUCCUUUGUGUUCUACGAGGUCUACCGGCCGACUAUGCCUCCCUCAAGCAAAAUAUUCGCACCAAUAUUGCCACCGUCACCUUUAAUCAGAUCUUUGGAUUGAAGGGAAUCAAGUUGAUUUUCCCAUGUUUGGACUUUUAUGUUGGGUUGUUGGCCAAUGAUAUAGCUUGCACGGUUUAUUUUGGCUUUAUAAAGCCAUGGUUUUCUUAGUGCAAGUGUGUGUGGGUUUUACACACCACCAAGAGUCUGAAUGGUUAAGACCUCUUAUCUGAAUUGAUCAGACAUUUGCCUCUGAAUAGUUAAGCAAUAUACUAGCUCUUAAUGGUUCAGACCUCUUACUGGUUCAGCACUUAAUGGUUCAGACCUCUUACUGGUUCAGCACUUACCUAUUCAGAAGUUGCCAAACAGCCCCUAAGUGGGGUUUGCCAAGUAUUUUUCAAUUGAUAUACUCCGUGGAAGAAAGAGAUCUUGAGUAU